AUGGAGGAAGAUUCAGGAAAAGUUUACGCUUAUGAUAUAUUCGUCAACCUCGCUAAACUCCUAGGAGUGAUACUCUCAGUUGUAAAAUUUCUUGAAAUGUUAACUUACGUUGUUCAAAUCAAAAAUGAUAUGGCAACAAUGAACGAAACCUGA